AUGGGAAUGGAGUGGCAGUGGGUGGGGGGUGGUGGUGGUGGUUCUGGUUCUGGUGGUGGUGGUGGGGGUGGUGACAUGAUUUUGGGGAAGAAGGAAUAUGGUCUGCUAUUUCUGCACGCUUUCAGACACUGCCUUUAUAGAAAAUCCCAUAUUCCAGAUGGACCAAGUUAUCAGGAAAAGUUCUAUUUUAAUCCAUGUGACACUAGAUUUAAGGUUUUCCAGACUAAAUUUGUAAAGAUUGGAGUUGCUAUUUGCUGGGACCAGUGGUUUCCUGAAGCAGCACGGGCUAUGACGCUUCAAGGUGCAGAGAUUUUAUUUUAUCCCACUACUAUUGGUUCUGAACCACAAGACCAGGGUCUUGACUCUCGUGACCACUGGAAGCGUGUAAUGCAAGGACAUGCUGGGACUAAUUUGGUAGAAUUUUUACCUCUUGUAGCUUCAAAUAGGAUAGGAAAAGAGGUAAUUGAGACUGAGCAUGGGAAUAGUGAGAUUACGUUUUAUGGAAACUCCUUUAUAGCAGGAGUAACUAGAAAAAUAGUUGCAGCUGCGAUGAUAAACAUGAAGCCGUGCGUUCUUGUUGCUCAAUUUGAUUUGGAUUAG